CGCACUCAUCACGUCGCGUAAUUCAAGAAGAUCCAUGAAAAAUUGCUUAUCUAGCGUUUAAAUAAACUAAAAGAAAUAGUUUCCCGUUCAGCCGAAGGGCGAAUAUAGUAGCUCGUUCGCUUAGUAGUGCUUCAGAGAAAAUGGCUACCACGGAAUACAGGGAGUUCACCCGUUGGUACCUGAAGAGGUUGCACCAAAUCGACCACAAAAUAGUUAACAUUGGGCCGUGUACCAACAUUAGUCGGUCCGAGGAUUCUAUCAUUCCACUGAACAGGGCUUCCUACCAGCAUAUUUCGAAGAAGCACUGUAUCAUACGGUGCGUGGAUGGAGUGGCCACAUUGACGGACGAUACGUCGUCCACCGGCACAUACGUAAACGAUAAAAAACUCAGCCGCCAUAAUCCGGGCUCGAUAAUCUUAUGCGAAGGAGACUUGAUUGGCAUAGGCUCGGCCUGCAAUAUGCCGGAAGAAAUUUACAAAACCAAACCACACAUUUUGCUGUUCGAGGUGUGUAAAGAUCGGAACCGAUUGGUCUUUGAGGGGGACGUCGCCCGGAUCGACGAUUCAGACGACGAGGAACCCCUUCUGGCUAACAGUGAUCGUAAUGAAUCUCAGGUGGAGAUAGUUUUGAGUGAGGAAGACGCUGAACCAGUGGCAGCUGCGGCAACUGUUCCUCUUGUUGGAACCUCUCGAAGGGGACUUCCUCGAAGAGACGAGACAAACGAUCGCGUUCUUUUGAGCGUUGAUUUGUCUUCCGAUGAAGAAGAUAGCUGCGAUAAAGGGGCAUCAGGCAAUGUACGUGUUGAAGCCUUCAAAGAGAUGAACAUAAAGAUAGAACGAGUAGAGUCCCUUCAAGAACAAUCCACUAUCAGCCAGAAACCGUCAACUUCUAGUGAGAGGGAACCAGAGGUAUCGAUGGUUUUAGAUAAACCUCAAAUUACAGAUGAUAUUCAGCCGACAGAUGAUCCCGGAGAUCUUAUAGAUGAUGUAGAAAACGCUCAUCAUUCUUCCAGCGUUAUCUGCAUUUACGACAGUGAUGAUCCGGAUGAUUACACCGAAGACAAUUUGUCCCAGUCCAAUUAUCGGAGGAUUAAGAAAGAGGCUCAAGAAUCGGAAUUGUUCGAUGAAGAAAUCGAUGAAAUCGAUGAAAUCCUUAAGGAAGUUGAUCAAAUUAUACCUGAGACUACUGAGGAUUCACCAGUUACUGAAGGUCCAAUCUACAUCUCAGAUGAAGAGGAAGAGGACGACCUGGAAGUUCAUCUGGGUUGGUUCAGUAAACUUUCUCAAAACAACUCUCCCCUACGUAGAAAACCAUUGGUCAAAGUAGAAGAACCAGACCAAGACGAUGUGUUAGAGCACGUAUCCGCAGAACAAGAAGAAGAGGUGGAACAGAAACCGGAUCUAACAACUAUAGAUGUUCGGCAACCAGCUCGAACGCUUCCUGGUACUGUUAUAGUAUCUGCUAAUGAUGAAGAACCAUCGGAACUGGAUAUUUCAGAUUUUUUCGACGAUAUUGGAGAUCUUUUUGGGGAUGUCAAUGCUGCUCCGGAAGCCAAGCGGCAAAAACUAGACGAAUGUAAUUCGGAACAAAGUGGUUCGAAACAACUAGAUUUUAUGGAACACGUUCGAUCGAUCUCCGAACAAGAGAUCAACCUUCCUUCGGCACAACAACCUAAAACCACAUCGGAUGAUCCUAAGGCGGAAGAGUCGGUUGAUUUGACCCGACCUUUACAUGAAAAAAAUAGCAGCAGUGCAUCAAACGCAUGGAUAAGUCGAAAGAUUCCGUUUGUUGAGCCGCAUCGAAUCCAGAAACGCAGAAUGAGUACUCAAGCUGCUGAUCCUCCACCAGCAAAGCCGCCAAAAUCUCAAAAGAUACAUGAUAUAUUAAACAAACCCUCUCAUCCAAAGACUGAAAAAAUAUCGAAAGAUAUGCGCAAGCAAAAGUUAAAAGAAAUUAGUACGAAAAAUGCACAAGCCAAUGAUGCAGAAUCCAAAGGUUUCAAAGUCCCAACCAAACCAAAAGUCAAAUUCACCUCGAAGAACCGCGGCACAUUCCUGACGGAAGAAACUGCUGGUCCAUCUCACGGUUCAGCUCGUUCUCGCGAUUCGACAUCAUGUAACGGGUUCAGCGGGGACGAUUUUGUGUUCACUCAAUCUACCUCUUUGGAUAAUGUACCUUCGGUUCCAAAAGAGGAUAAUUACGUUUCCCUACCUUCCAAGCUUACUUUCGAAAGUGUCGCCAAGGUGAGCAGUGUAGCUCGAGACGCCCCAGUAUUCAAAAUUCCGAAAGUAGUGCAACCAAUUCCGCCGAAACAGCCGACUUCCACUGUUCCAAGUUUCCAGAGGGAGUUGGACAAGGCAGCUAAAGAAGUUGCCAAAUCAAAGUCUGCCAAAUUGAAGGUCCAUCGUGAUAAAUCGAAAGUUACUUCCAAGCCAAGUGAAAUCAUUCCUCUGCCUCUGCACAAAAAGGAACCAUUGAAACAAUCCAACGAACCACCACCUGUUGCAAAAGAAUCGGAAAAUACAAAUUCAAAUGGUUCCGUUAGAUUUGGGACCUACCCUAAAGCCAUAUCUCGGAAAGAAGGUGAGACAGAUAAACCUAAGAAAAGUGUUCGUUGGAAACAGUCAAUGGUCGAAGUAAGGACGUACGAGAUUGACGACGGCAACACCCUGCAUGUACAAACCAAAAUGUACAAGGAUAACAAAGAAUUUUUCUCGGAUUUGUCGCAAACGAACUGUCAAAAUGACAUCAUAGUCGAGAUCACCGGAUGGAAUGUGGAUUGGUUCGACAAUCCCGCGGUGGCCGACAUUCAUAAUCAAAAAUUGCUUCCAAUGGUGGAAUCGUAUCGAGAUUUUGAAGAUUAUAAACGCAUUGUGUUACCAAUUCUGAAGAAGGAAAUGUUUCACGAUGUGCUGAAACAAUAUACGGAAGUCAAACGAUCCCCGCAGAAACCACUUCAGCUGAUUAUGAAUGAAAUUCAUUCUCAGGAUCGUACCUUUAUGUUACAUUGCAGUGUUGAGAGUAGCACACACCAGAGUAUCAACAACAAGGACUACGUCCUGAUAUACUUCACGGACAAAACGACUACCAAAGAGUUCCGGAUACCGGCAGUGGUGGUACACCGACGCCCUACAAAGUACACCAAUGACAGUGGGAAACAAUUCUACCACUGUAAAAUUCAAACGGUUAAAUCGAACCUAUCGGUCAGGCUUCGUGACGGGCUUCAGGACAAGUUCCGCAUUCUUUCGAUCACUCAAAUCAAUUUACACCUGAGGCAGCUACACGUGCUGUUCAAUCUGCGUAAUUCUCCACUGCUGAACAAUAUCCUGACUCCUCGAAUCAACUACUACGACGAGACUAUCGUGCCUGAUCCGAAAGCUUACAAGGGAAAAGUGAGUGCCUCAAAAUUUGAACCAUUUACAUUUUUUUUAAAACAUUUAUAUUUACAGGAAAGUCUAAAUGCACAACAGGGUGAUACAUUACUGAAGGUGUACGAACAGUGCAUGGACCACAUUAGGCCACACAUUAUGCUCAUACAGGGUCCCCCGGGAACCGGAAAAUCUAGGUUGAUUAGCAAUUUGGUGCUGCAGUUGCAUCGAGGAUCCGAGGAAAAUCGAAAGUUGAAAAUACUCGUCUGUGCCCAAUCGAAUACGGCUGUCGAUGUAAUUGUGUUGAAACUGAUAAGACUGAACAGGUUGUUGGUCAGCCAACAGCAAAUGAGUCUCCUUCGCACCGGGACCCACACCAAAGUUAGUCCCGACUGUAAAAUUGUGUUCCUCGACGACUUGGUUCGCAAAUAUGUGAAUGAUCAAAUCAAACGGCGGAAGCUGAAACGGGAGGAUCCUCUGUUUGAGCUAUACUACGACGAGAAAGAAACAUUGGAACGCCAAAUCAAAAGUGAAAGUUCGCGCAAAGGCGGUAAUGUGAAGGAGCUUCAGGCCAAACUGGACAUGGUCAAAGAAUUGCUUCCCGCAAAUGUUGACAAUUUGGAUUUCAAUACUCGCGAACGCUGGGAAUUGGAAAAGCAAAGCAGGAAGCACUUCAUAGCCACGGCCAAUGUAGUCUGCACAACGUUAGGUAGCUGCGGUAACCUGAGAGAAUAUUGUCAAUCGUUAAUGUUCGAUGUGUGCAUCAUUGACGAAGCGACACAAUGUACGGAAAUUGCCUCUUUCACACCGUUGCAGUACAACGUAAGGAAAUUGAUCCUGGUCGGUGACGUGAAACAGCUACCUCCUCUAGUAUACAGCAAAGAAUGUGCCGAUGCCGGUCUAAAGAAUUCACUGUUUUCGCGUAUUCAGAAUUCUUUCUUCGGAACUCACCUAGAAGGUGUUAAAAUGCUCACGAAGCAAUAUCGUAUGCAUCCCGAGAUUCUCAGGUGGCCGAAUGAAUAUUUUUACGGAGGCAUGCUUACGAGCGAUCCUGAAGCUACGAAUUGUGACGCGUUCCUAUUUAAACCAUACUCGAUCUUCAGCUUAGAAUAUAAUCAAAACCUCACUCAAAUGGAACAUCAAAUUUAUAAUGAUGAUGAAAUUCGUUUUGUCCUGAAAUUAGUUGGAAAAAUAAUUCAGUACUGCGACAAGUACACCUCCAUCGCCAUUAUAACGCCAUACGAUCGACAUCGACGUGAGUGUGAAAAAUAUUUACAAGAGAAAGAAUUCACUCAAGUUACGGUGACGUCAAUCGAUUCAGCCCAAGGCCAGGAAUACGAUGUGGUAAUCAUAUCGUUAGCUCGUACGGCCGGAACCGGAUUCCUAGACAGCAAUCACCGCCUUAAUGUUGCCUUGACGCGCGCCAAAAAAUGUUUGAUCCUUUGUGGAAAUUUUGCAGAUCUGAAGAAAACUGAUAUCUGGAAUUCGCUGUUACGAGAUGCUCUGAGGCGCGAAGUUUUGCACGAGAUUGAAGAUGACGACUAUGACAAUGAUGAAACUUUCACCCAAAAAGUAAUGUAUCAUCUGCGUAAAAAACCGAUCGCAGCGCAGGUUAAAAGUUGAAUGCGUUCACAAAAAAGUAAUGACUGAGUUACCUGCCCUUCGUCAAUUUUUGUUAACAUCAUCGACAAUGUAUUGAGAUUCCUAUUUUAUACAUGUUUAAAGAAAAUUUAUUAUGUGUAAAGACUUAAGACUUAAAUUUCUCUUUGGAAAUAAGAGAAUGUCCAUAACAGCCAGAAACGCUUAAUUGUAACUCUCGUAAUAGUUUGUGUUGUUCAAAUUGUGUAAAAUAUUUUCAUUGAAGUCAUGUAAAUAAUUAUUUGUUUCCAAAUAUAUCUGUUGAAAAGAAAUUCAUUUGGUUGUACUUACUUGAAAGAAACGCAAUA